UAUCAAUCUUUUAUACUUAAUUUUCUUGAGAAUGACUAACAUAGAAUAGAUAACAGUACACAACAAUAUCAUUCGAUGUCAAAAUAAUAAAUUUGAUGCUACUUUGAAAUCUACUUUUUUAAAGAAUACAAAUUAAUUAUCAAGGUGUCAUUAAAAACUGAUAACUGUAAAAAUGGAAAAUGUUCUUGAAAAACAACUACUUAAAGUAGCAGAAACUAUUGAACAAAAAAUUGAUCAAGAAAUUCAGCGUCUCGAUGAAUUGGAUAUGGACAGUAUUGAAAAUAUUAGAGAACACAGAUUACAACAAAUGAAAAAAAUGAUUAAAAUGAAAGAAGAAUGGGUAGCUAAGGGACAUGGUGAAUAUGAAGAAUUAAGUGAUGAGAAAAACUUUUUUGAAAAAUCAAAACUGAGUCCUAACAUGAUUCUACAUUUUUAUAAAGAUGGAUCAACACGAUGUAAAAUAGUUGAUCAUCAUUUACAAAUAUUAUGUAAACAACACUUAGAAACAAGAUUUUGUAAACUAAAUGUUUUAAGAUUUCCAUUCCUAACUGAACGUAUGAAAAUCAAAGUUAUUCCAACUAUUGUUUCUAUAGUUGACAGUAUAUCUAAGGAUUUUAUUGUUGGAUUUACUGAACUAGGAAAUUGUGAUGAUUUCUCUACAGAAAUGUUAGAAUGGCGUCUAGCUCAAUCACAGGUUAUUGAUUAUAAAGGUGAUUUGCUAAAUCCUCCUGAUGUAACUAAAAGCAAUCGAACAGCCAUGAUAGAUAAAAAGAAAACUAUCAGAGGAGGUUUAAUUGGAGAAGAUUCAGAUUCAGAUGGUUUAAAUUCAGAUUAAUCAUUUAGGAAAUUUACAUUAUUUGCACUAAUAAUUUACAUUCUAAAACCAAAAUGUUAUAUAUAUAUAUGUACUGAUAUAUAUUAUUUAUUAAAUCAAUAAUAUGACAUAAUUUAUUAUUUUUAUACUAAA